AUGGAUGACGCUCCAAAAAUCCCUAAGUUCGUUGUUGAUCUCUCCCUGCCACCCGAAAGUCGCUAUAACCACAUUAUUCCGUAUUUUCGAGACUCUGUGACGGAGUGUAACCUCCCUUCUCUAUUCGAUGAACUCCUCGAAAGUAUCGCGGGGCCUCGUUAUGGCAAGGCCCUGGCUACUGUUGCGCGAUAUACCCUUCGGCACGUCCACUCUGCGGAAGAGACAGCUGAAUUGACCGGCAUCUCACGUGCAAUCGGCAUCCCAAUGCACAUCCUCGUAGCCUUCAAUGUUCUGCUGGAUCUUCUACUAGGAUGUACGAGUGGAGGUGUGCGCACUUUGUUCACGGGUUCGAGUGGACGAUCCACUCGUAUACUGCAUUUUCGCACGCUAGACUGGGGAAUGGAACAACUGCGACAGAUUAUCAUUGAGCUGGACUUUGUGCGCUUCACCGGAGGGCCUGUCAUCGCUACAGCAGUGACCUAUCUCGGCUAUGUCGGGGUAUUGACGGGCGUGAGAAAAGGAUUGAGCAUGAGUUUGAACUUUCGCCCAUACCAUGCACAAGACACGGAUUGGCAAAAGUUCUCGUUUCGAUGGAAUCAAGCGAUGGUCGUGCUUGGGUUUAGGCAAUCCAUCUCGAGCACCCUGAGAAAUUUCCUGCUGGAUCCAUCUUCAGAUUCAGACCAACAGCCUGGAAAGUCCCAAGAGACAAAUAUCAUCUCCGACUCGGUCUCGGACCAAUACGUAGAAAACGUGUUGACAAAACUUUCGACAUCCAACUCAACAGCCGCGUAUCUUAUCUUUUGCCAGCCCAAUCGCAUAUAUAUCGUUGAGAAGGACAACAAGAGUGCGAACAUUCGCGAAUCCGACACUUUUCUCACUGCCUAUAACCAUGACGCGAAGGAUGAAGAGGAUCCCUCACGAUUGCAGGAAGCCGUAGCCACCCUGGCCGAAGGGGAAGAUGCAACCGGUAUGGCGGAUCUCGUGGGACUGUCCCUGAGUAGGAAUCAUCAUCUUCAAGGACAUUGGCGGAAACGGGUUCGUGCAUGCCAAAGGAGAUACAAACAACGGGGUGAUGUUGUGACUAUGUCGGACGUGAUCGGGUUCCUAGAACAUGAGGAGAUAAGUAACCCCGAGACGCACUACGCAGUCAUCAUGGAUCCAGAGGAGGGAAAGGUGAUAUGGCGGAGACAAUAUGAGGUUGAGAGUGAAUCGGGUAGUGAGGAUUCGUCAUUAAUCGCAGAGGGAGUGUGA